CAUCUGCAAGCUGUUAGCUGUCUGCAAAAAAAUUAAACAUGGCCAUCUUCAGAAUCCCAUGUGGUCUUUUAACAUUAUACUUUCUCACUUCCACUUGUUAAAGCAACACAUUCUACUCAUUGUUUCUUUCUAUACAAAACAAAGCUAAGAUAUAACUGGCAAGAGAGAUAAGGGAUACAAUGCACUCUGGUGUUUGCUUGUCGUUCUUCUUCUUUAUUGUACUUGGAUGUGUGGUUACUGGGUCUUUAGCUGGUGACCCUUAUGUGUUCUUUGAUUGGACUGUUUCUUACCUUACUGGAUAUCCUCUUGGUGUUAAACAACAGGUGAUAGGUAUUAAUGGGAUAUUUCCUGGACCAAUUCUUAAUGUUACUACAAAUUGGAACGUUGUUGUCAAUGUCAAGAAUGAACUCGACGAGCCAUUGCUUAUUACGUGGAAUGGCAUACAGCAUAGGAAGAAUUCCUGGCAAGAUGGUGUUUCAGGGACUAAUUGUCCAAUUCCUGCUGGGUGGAAUUGGACAUAUCAGUUUCAGGUCAAAGAUCAGAUAGGAAGUUUCUUUUACUUCCCUUCCCUUAACUUCCAGCGAGCAGCAGGUGGAUAUGGAGGAAUCAUAAUAAAUAAUAGAGAUGUCAUUCCAUUGCCAUUUGCUGUGCCUGAUGGAGAUAUUGCUCUUUUUAUCAGUGACUGGUUCACAGAGAGUCAUAAGGAACUGAGGAAACAUGUCGAAAAAGGAGAUGACCUAGGAGUUCCUGAUGGUAUCCUCAUUAAUGGAUUUGGUCCUUACAGAUAUGAUGAAGCACUUGUUCGAGAAGGCAUUACUUAUCAGAUAAUAAAUGUUGAACCUGGAAAGACAUAUCGUCUCCGGGUGCACAAUGUUGGUAUCUCAACUAGCUUGAAUUUCAGAAUACAAAACCACAAUUUGCUUCUUGUGGAGACUGAAGGAUCAUAUACUGUUCAGCAGAACUAUGAAAACAUGGAUAUUCAUGUGGGUCAAUCGUAUUCGUUCUUGGUUACAAUGGAUCAAAAUGCUAGCAGUGAUUAUUACAUUGUUGCCAGUCCUCGAUAUACAUCAUCUGCAUGGAAUAAAGCUGCAGGAGUUGCUAUUUUGCACUAUUCCAAUUCACAGGGACCUGCAUCAGGUCCUCUUCCUGAUCCUCCUAAUGAAUACGAUACAUUUUUCUCAAUGAAUCAAGCAAGAUCCAUAAGAUGGAAUGUCUCAGCUGGUGCUGCUCGUCCAAAUCCACAGGGAUCUUUCAAAUAUGGCGAAAUUACUGUGACAGAUGUAUACGUACUUCUCAAUAGACGUGCUGAGCUUAUAGAUGGGAAAUGGCGCACUGCCCUUAACGGCAUUUCAUACUUAGCACCUUCAACACCCCUGAAACUUGCUCAGCAAUAUAACAUUUCGGGUGUCUACAAGCUUGACUUCCCUAACAGAAUAAUGAACAGACCUCCUAAAGUUGAUGCAUCUCUAAUUAAUGGCACUUUCAAAGGUUUUAUGGAAAUAAUCUUUCAGAACAAUGAUACCACUGUCCAAAGCUACCAUGUUGAUGGUUAUGCAUUCUUUGUUGUAGGAAUGGAUUUUGGAGUGUGGACAGAGAAUAGCAGAGGCACAUACAACAAAUGGGAUGGUGUUGCUCGCUCCACUAUACAGGUCUUUCCUGGAGCUUGGACUGCUAUUCUAGUUUCUCUCGAUAAUGCAGGCAUGUGGAAUAUCCGUGCACAGAAUCUCAACUCCUGGUAUCUGGGGCAGGAGGUUUAUGUCAGCGUUGUAAAUCCAGAAAUUGAUGCAUCUGAGAUUGCUUUGCCUGAUAAUGCCAUAUUCUGUGGGCUAUUAUCAUCCUUACAGAAGGACCAGGCUCAAAGAUUCAGGUUUUCCAAUGCACCAUCAAUUCCAAUUGCAGGUAGAACGAUUUUUGUUGCAUUAAUCGUAGCAUUGCAUGCAAGUUCUGUCAGGUAACAGAUUCUGGAAAUUGGAAAAAACGCGAAACGAAUCGAAUCUUCUCAUGGGGAAUAAUUUAUCCAGGGUAAGUAACAUUGUUGGAUGCAAGGCUUGUAUCAUAGUAACUGACUAACUUGUAUAUUUGUAAGAUUGUAUUGUAUUCAGUGCAUUUUUGUUAUUCAAGAGGGUUGCCUUGCAUAGCGGUGAUUGAGGAUUCCCGGUUCUCAGCCCACUGAAUCACUAGAAUUUGUUCCCAAAACUAUAAUUAAACCUCAUAGUGAUUUUCUUAUCAAAUA